UCAGGUCUUGAAGCAUAGGGUGAAGGUUUCUCUUCACGGUGCAUGGACGGAAAGCCAAUGCGCAGGUGUACCAGUACUCGACCAGGAGAGACCGGAAUGGAUGUGACUAGCCGUUGCACACUCGGAGAUCCUAACAAACUGCCAGAAGGGGUGCCGCAGCCUGCUCGCAUGCCCUACAUCUCUGACAAGCACCCUCGACAAACUUUGGAAGUCAUCAAUCUUCUCCGGAAGCACCGGGAGUUGUGCGAUGUGGUGCUAGUAGUUGGUGCGAAGAAGAUCUAUGCCCACAGGGUAAUUUUGUCAGCCUGCAGCCCUUACUUCCGAGCCAUGUUCACUGGGGAGCUGGCAGAGAGUCGGCAGACAGAAGUAGUGAUCAGAGACAUCGAUGAAAGGGCCAUGGAACUGCUGAUUGACUUUGCGUACACCUCUCAGAUCACUGUGGAAGAGGGAAAUGUCCAGACCUUGUUGCCAGCUGCUUGCCUUCUCCAGCUGGCUGAGAUCCAGGAGGCCUGCUGCGAGUUCCUUAAGAGACAGUUGGACCCUUCCAAUUGCCUGGGCAUCCGAGCUUUUGCUGACACUCACUCAUGCCGUGAACUACUGAGGAUUGCUGACAAGUUCACACAGCAUAACUUCCAGGAGGUGAUGGAGAGUGAGGAGUUCAUGCUGCUUCCUGCCAAUCAGCUCAUAGACAUUAUAUCAAGUGAUGAGUUAAAUGUUCGCAGCGAAGAGCAGGUGUUCAAUGCGGUGAUGGCCUGGGUGAAAUACAGCAUUCAGGAAAGACGACCCCAGCUACCACAGGUCCUGCAGCAUGUCCGUCUGCCGCUGCUGAGUCCCAAGUUUCUUGUGGGUACAGUGGGCUCUGAUCCACUUAUUAAGAGCGAUGAGCAAUGCCGGGAUCUAGUGGAUGAAGCUAAAAACUAUCUGCUGUUGCCGCAAGAGCGGCCACUGAUGCAAGGACCAAGAACUAGACCACGCAAACCCAUACGCUGUGGAGAAGUGCUCUUUGCAGUGGGGGGCUGGUGUAGUGGGGAUGCAAUUUCCAGUGUUGAGCGCUAUGACCCUCAAACCAAUGAGUGGCGGAUGGUGGCUUCCAUGAGCAAAAGACGCUGUGGCGUUGGAGUCAGUGUUCUGGAUGAUCUCCUCUAUGCUGUGGGAGGCCAUGAUGGUUCCUCUUAUCUUAACAGUGUAGAAAGGUAUGAUCCAAAGACCAAUCAGUGGAGCAGUGAUGUGGCCCCCACCAGCACCUGCAGGACCAGUGUUGGAGUAGCAGUUCUUGGAGGCUACCUCUACGCUGUGGGUGGCCAGGAUGGUGUCUCUUGUCUCAACAUUGUGGAAAGGUAUGAUCCCAAAGAAAACAAAUGGACUCGAGUGGCUUCCAUGAGCACCAGGCGCCUGGGAGUUGCAGUGGCUGUGCUAGGGGGCUUCCUCUAUGCUGUGGGAGGCUCUGAUGGCACUUCUCCUCUCAAUACUGUGGAACGCUACAAUCCCCAGGAGAACCGCUGGCACACAAUUGCACCCAUGGGGACGAGGAGGAAGCACCUGGGCUGUGCUGUAUACCAAGACAUGAUAUAUGCUGUGGGAGGCAGAGACGAUACGACAGAGCUCAGUAGUGCUGAGAGAUACAACCCUCGAACCAACCAGUGGUCUCCUGUUGUGGCCAUGACAUCCCGCCGAAGUGGAGUUGGCCUCGCAGUGGUGAAUGGACAGCUGAUGGCAGUGGGGGGUUUUGAUGGCACAACGUACUUGAAGACCAUUGAGGUGUUUGAUCCAGAUGCUAACACAUGGAGGUUGUAUGGUGGGAUGAACUAUCGGCGGCUGGGAGGAGGAGUAGGUGUUAUCAAAAUGACGCACUGUGAAUCCCAUAUAUGGUAAGCAUCAAGAGGGAGGGAGACCCCUUGGUUCUCAUUCCUAGAAAAACUGAAGAGACUUGUUGACACUGGACCUCUUUGCAGCUCUAGUAUGAACGGUCUAGAUCCAAUGUAACUCUUUGCUGGUGACUCUUUCCAUGGAAUUAUAAAAAUUACUUCUAUGAGAGUGUGCCCAAUGGGAGACCACGUUGUCAGACUCCAGGGAACCACUGGACAAAAGUAGAAGUGUUGCUUAUGUCCGUAUUUUUUCUAAAUAGUCUACAUUUUUGAAUAAACCAAACUGUAAAAGUUAUUGUAGCGUAAACAAUGCUGAUGUAGAGACCACGUGCUAUACUGGGAGUCUGGCAAGGAGGAGGGUUUCCUGCUUUGCCUCCAGCUUUGAGCAGUGGAUGUGGCAGCUGUGUGGUGGGCGAAAGAGGAAAGUGAUACAGAAAACAUUGCUUUUGCCUUAUUUACAGAGAGCUUCAAAAAAAGUACUUGACCUGCAAGGUGCCACCUUUGCACAGAAGCUUUUCUGUGCACAGAGUAUAUUUAUUUUUUCAUUUAAUUUGUAUCAUGUAUUUUCUUUGUAUCGCUCACAGCGAUAAUUCCAGCUUUUUAUAUACAUAUAUAUGUGUGCAUAUAUAUAUGUAUUUUAUAUAUAUAUAUGUAUAUGUGCGGUUUGAGUUUUGACAAGCUGGUGGUUAGGGCAGGGCUAUGUCCUGCCAGCUAUUGUGGUUCCAACCCUUGUGGUAUGUUUUAGGGUCUCUUAGAGUACAGGAGAGCUAUGAGGAUGGGUGCCCUGAGUAUCUUUUCAGUCUUGCUGGAGGCAAGUAGAACUGGAACUCUCCAUCUCUCGACUGAAUCAGUGAAGUGCCCAAAAAGGGUGAGAGUGAAAAGGAUUUCAGAUGAUGCCUUUUUACUGUACAGUGUAUGGUACAAAAGUUCAGCUUUUGUCUCUCCCCUCCCCUGUAUGUGAACCUAGAAACAACUAGUUGUUGCUUACUUACAAAAACCUUUUUCUCACAUUGCCUGCUAGAUACCAGUUCUUGUCUGAAGCUGUGAUGCAGGUAUCAUCUGUUAAUUCUGACUAGCCUAGAUCAACACUCGCUUCUCAGGUUCUGGCUAGAAUGGCAGACCUGCAGUCAGCUCCUGCUG